GCUACUCAUCUUCUCUUCUCUAGCCCUCUGCCGACUACUCACACAUCCACCUAUAUUUUUAAAUUAUUAUUUUGAAUUUCCUCAAUGUAUAAAUUUACUUAAAUCUAAAAAUACCGAAACUCUUGGCCGUUGCAUUGUCCAGACUCUAUUUCCAUGGCAGCUUUUUAUAUCUUUACGGGCUAAGCUGCGAAAGGGCGUGGAAAGUUGAGAUAUUUUGUAUUAGUUUGUGAUAUCAGGCAGAUGGAGCGGGCAGGUAUUGUUUAUAUUGUGGAAAUAAAACAUGCGUGUCGGCGUCCCUGGAGGACCGCAGAGCCAAACGAACCCCAACUCAUGGAUUUCCGCCAUACUUAACCAUCUUCUCUUUACUUCGGUUUCUCCUCCUCUUCCUUUACUAUGUUUUCCCUCCUCUUCUCUUUUUUCUCAACCAAGAUUCUUUUAUUAUGGGUGCUUCCUUCCCUCAUGUAUCUCUUCAAUUCCAUCCCAAUCUGUAAGUCCCAAAAAUUUGCUGAUUUAUGGACUCUGAUUCAGAUAUCUGAAUUUUGUCGAUGAAGCAAAAACCUGUCCAUGAGUGGACUCCUGUGAAUUUGUGAUCUACCACCGAACUGAUUGAAGCCGUUUCUUCACUUUUUUUUUUUUUAAUUCCCCUUCGUCAUUUGUAUGAAUGGCGCAUUUUACUUUCCUCUUGAUAGAAAGUUCUAAAUGCAUUGCUGGAAUUCCUUGUAAGAAUGAAUACCCUAAAAAACUUAAAUUUUUAACUUUUAAAAAUCUGAUUCUGAUCAGUGAGUAAGGUAUUUCCGUUUAUCCUUGAUCCUGGCUCUUAGGUUCUAUGGCAUGAAGUGCGAGCUCAUAUAAACGGAAGAAGUACGAGAAGCAUCCCGUUUUGGGACUCAGAUUGGAAAAUUGAUGGAGCAUCUAUCCUCGCUGUUCAAUGGACUGGUAAGGUUGAUAGCAGCAAAGAAAGGAAGAAGUUCGGGGAAAUGUUGUGGCAAAGAAGCAGCGGAAGCCAUGGCAAAAGCAGCUAAAAGAAGGGACCUGAUACUGUGUUCCUCUGGUACUGUAAAAGUGGAUGGUUCAAACAACUUUGCCUCUGUUUUCUCCAGAAGAGGCCAGAAAGGAACCAACCAGGAUUGCUGCUUAGUGUGGGAGGAAUUUGGAUGUCAAGAGGACUUGAUGUUUUGCGGGAUAUUUGAUGGUCAUGGGCAGUGGGGUCACUUUGUGGCCAAGAGAGUGAGAGAGGCAAUGCCACCAUCUUUGCUUUGUAAUUGGCAGGAGACACUUGCCCAAACUUCUCUGCUGGAUCCUCAUAUUGACAUCGAUAUGGAGGCUGAGAAAAAGCGACACAUAUCUGAUAUAUGGAAGCAUUCCUAUUUGAAGACUUGUGUUGCCAUUGACCGCGAACUGAAGCAGCAUCGCAAGAUCAAUUCCUUCUACAGCGGAACCACUGCCCUGUCCAUUGUUAAACAAGGUGGACUCCUAGUGAUAGCAAAUGUUGGGGACUCUCGUGCUGUGCUAGCCACGACAUCAGAAGAUGGAAGCUUGGUAGCAGUUCAGCUCACAGUUGAUUUCAAGCCCAGUUUACCUCAGGAAGCAGAGCGAAUAACACGGUGUCAGGGGCGUGUGUUCUGCUUGGAGGACGAGCCAGGGGUUCACAGGGUGUGGCUGCCACACGAAGAAUCACCGGGACUAGCCAUGUCUAGAGCAUUCGGCGACCACUGUGUCAAGGAGUACGGUCUGAUUUCUGUGCCCGAGGUCACACACAGGAAUCCAACCAUCAGAGAUCAAUUCGUGGUGUUAGCAACCGAUGGGGUGUGGGACGUAAUAUCCAAUGAAGAAGCAGUAAAUAUUGUGAGCUCAACAGCAGACAGAGCCAAUUCUGCUAAACGUUUGGUGGAGUGUGCAGUGCAUGCAUGGAAACGCAAGAGGCGAGGCAUUGCCAUGGAUGACAUUUCAGCUAUCUGUCUCUUUUUUCACUCAUCCCCUUAAUCUCUCUGAUCAGACUCGGGUAGAGGGGUAAGUUCUAGUGCUAGUUGCAGCUGUUCCGUGUAAUACAGAUAAGGUAAAUUAACUAGCAAGUUCUUGAACUUUUAUUAGCAUCGGGAUUACUCGCUGCAAUGAUCAAGAAAAACGAUGGAAAUUGACAGAAUUUGCAGGGAAAGCAAAUGAAGAAUGGCACUGAGUAUUGGCGUGAGUGAGUGAGGUUUUUUGAUUUUGAUGGCUCCAUGUGUGGUGGAUUCUUUUUUUCUUUUUUUUUUUUGGGACCUGCUUUUUUAACCUGGAUGUGUGGUGGAAUUGGAGGGAAGACUGUCGACAACGUGGAAGGGCGUUACUAUUAGUCAAAUUUGGGCAUGUGAAUGUGUUCAUGGCGAUUUGAAAUUUUGACGUGGAUGUUGACUAAAGAGGGGCCUUUUUGAUUGGAUUUUAUCUUUAGACCGCAAGUUUUAAUUGUAGGUCGGAUUGGUACUCCGAUAUUUGGACA